UUUCAUUCCAAAACCAAUAAUUAUUAUCCCAGUUUAUCUUUUUUCUUCUCUCUCUAUAUCUCAAUCUAUCUCUCUAUAGAAAUUAAUAUAUAUGUACAGGGGGGUUUCAAUAAUAAUGGAAGCAACCACCGUGCUGUCGGUGUUGCUGCUAUGCGCCACCAUCCACGCUGCCGUUGCUGUCACCGACGGAUUGUUAUAUAAUGGGAACUUCGAGCAAGGACCAAAAGCGUCCGAUAUGAAAGGCACGGAGGUGUUAAAGCAUGAUGCCAUCCCAGGGUGGAAGAUCUUCGGUUUUGUUGAGUACAUCAAAUCAGGCCAAAAACAGGGCGAUAUGUUGCUAGUUGUUCCCGAGGGAGCAUUUGCAGUUAGGCUAGGGAAUGAAGCAACAAUCGAGCAGACCAUAAACGUGACAAAAGGAAUGUAUUAUUCCAUCACGUUUAGUGCUGCUCGAACAUGUGCUCAAGAAGAGAGAUUAAAUGUGUCUGUAGCCCCCGAUUUUGGGGUUUUGCCAAUGCAGACGUUGUAUAGUAGUAGCGGAUGGGACUCGUAUGCUUGGGCUUUUCAGGCAGAAUAUAGUACAGCUACAAUUAAGUUGCAUAAUCCUGGAGUCGAGGAGGAUCCCGCAUGUGGUCCUCUUAUUGAUUCAAUUGCCAUCAAAGCUUUAUACCCUCCUAAGCCAUCAAGAGAUAAUAUUUUGAAAAAUGGAGGAUUCGAAGAAGGUCCGUAUGUAUUCCCAAACACAACAUGGGGUGUGUUGGUGCCACCAAACAUCGAAGACGAUCACUCUCCACUUCCAGCUUGGAUGGUCGAGUCACUUAAAGCCGUAAAGUACAUUGACGCAGACCAUUUCUCGGUACCACAAGGAAGACGGGCAGUUGAGCUUGUGGCAGGGAAGGAGAGCGCUAUAGCUCAAGUAGCUAGAACAAUCGUUGGCAAGACUUACCAACUUUUCUUUAGCGUUGGAGACGCUAACAAUGCGUGUGAAGGGUCUAUGAUCGUGGAAGCAUUUGCUAAUAGAAAUACACUAAAAGUGCCUUAUCAAUCUAAGGGUAAAGGAGGAUUUAAGCGUGCGGUUCUUAAAUUUGUGGCAACUAGUACAAGAACUAGAAUCAUGUUCUAUAGUACUUUUUACACGAUGAGAAGUGACGACUUUUCUUCACUAUGCGGGCCUGUUAUCGAUGAUGUGAAGCUUUUGAGUGUACGAAAGCCUCGUAGACUUGCUUGAAUGGAUUUUGAAGCUAAGGUUGAUCAUUUUGUCCCAGAUUAAAAUGUUUGGGAUAUUUUGGGAACGUAUGAGUGUUCUUUUUAUUUACUUAGUAAAGAAUAAACAAGUUUUUCCGGUUAGUAAAAUGGACUUAAAACAUAAAGUGUAGUGAUGGUAUAUAAGUAUAAUUGGAAAGUGGCGUGGUUUUCGUUUUAUAUGUAACUUUACUUUUGAUAUAUGAAAAUGAUGAUACAUAUUGUGUAUUUA